CUAAAGAGUCGGAGGAGGUCUGAGGCUGGAUCAGACGACAUGGAGCUCCGACAGAGUUUACAGCUGCUGCUGGUUUCACUGCUGAUGAUGAAAGAAGUGGAGACGUCAGACGCUGCUCAGAACUUCUGCUCCAACACCACGGUUUUGAGGACUCGGACCUCGUGUCAUUCGUGCAGAAUCAGCGCUUUGACCCCGUGUCCUUCAGGGUUCAAACAGACUCCAGGGUCCAACGCCAUGAACUGCAGGUACGAGGUCAGGACUUCUAGCAUGACGCUCAAUAUCAGGGGCUGUUCCUUCGAGUGCUACAAGGAGGUGGAGCUGAAGACCUGCUGUCCAGGAUUCUGGGGUCCAGACUGCAUGGGGUGUCCUGACGAGGACGGUCGUCCCUGCAGUGGUAGAGGAUCCUGCUCUGAUGGUCUGGGAGGAAACGGGACCUGCACCUGUCAGGACUUCUUCUCUGGUUCAGCGUGUGAGGACUGUUCUUCAGGACGCUACGGAGACACCUGCAGAUCAGUCUGCUCCUGUGUCCACGGCCUGUGUAAUUCUGGACGGACGGGGGACGGUCGCUGCACUUGCUUCUCUGGAUACAGAGGUCCCUCCUGUGAUCAGGAGGUCCCGGAGUGUGCGUCCCUGGGGUGCCGGGGGGACUCCCGGUGUGUGGAGGAGGCUUUGACGGGGCGCCUGGUCUGCCAGUGUAACCCCGGAUUCCAGAAGUCCGGGACCCAGUGUUUGUCCAUUAACCCAUGUCUCCGGUCCGUCUGCCAUGUCCACGCCUCCUGUGUCCACACGGGUCCAGACCAGCACCAGUGCACCUGUAACCAGGGAUACAGAGGGGACGGCCGGGUCUGCAUGGAACUGGACCCGUGUCAGGACCAGGACCAGGGGGGCUGCUCAGCCGGGUCGGCCCGGUGCGUCUAUGAUGGACCGGGGAAGUCCCACUGUGAGUGUCUUCCUGGUUUCGAGAACCUGCUGAAUGGCCGCUGCAGCCUGAAGGACUUGUGUAGACCAGAUUCCUGCCACCAGAACGCCAACUGCUCCACGGUGGCGCCAGGACAAGUCGAGUGCACGUGUCUCCAGGGUUACCUUGGUAAUGGUAAGGUCUGCUACGGGGACAUCAUGGAGCGCCUGAGAGACCUGAACACGGAACCAACAGGGCCCUGGAGGAACCAGCUGGGAAACGCCAUCAGUCUGUUCAGUUCUCUGUCGUGGUCUCUCAGUAACUUGGGUCCAUUCACUGUGUUCGUGCCGAUCAAUAAAGGGUUCAGAGGAACCACGGUGAAGACGCUGACGUCAGACGCCUCCAAAGCCAAAUACCUGUGUAAGAUGCACCUGGUGGCCGGAGUCGUGACCUUUGAGUCUCUGAAGAAAACCGACGUCUUCUACACCCUGACGGGAAAAUCAGCAGAGACGGACACUUCAGAGGGGGACUCUCAGACUAAAAUCCGGAUCCACGGCAGCAGGAAGAAGGGUGUGAUCCUCCAGGCCGACGUGGUCGCGUCCAACGGGAUGAUCCAUGUCAUCAAUAAGCUGAUGGAUAGCGUCUCCCCCACGGUGGAGGGGGACUCUCAGGAAAACCUGAUGAAGAUCAUCUCCGACUACGGGAAGUUUGACAAGUUCAAGUCUUUAUUGGAGAAAGCCGAGCUGGCGUCCCUCAUGGACCGUCCGGACCCAAUCACCGUGUUCGUCCCCAGCAGUGAAGCGUUUGAAGCGAUGCCUGAGGGUCACCUGCAGUACCUGAGCAGCCCCGACGGUCACCACAAGCUGCUGGAAUUCCUCAGGAACCACAUCGUCCCGUCCACCAUGCUGGAGGUGUUUAACGCUGUGUCGAGCCCCCGACUCGUGACCAUGGCCAAUCAGGUCCUGACCAUCAACGUGACGGAAAACGGUCAGAUCCUGGUGAACGGGGCGGCGGUGCUGGAGGCGGCGGUGGAGGCUAAAAAUGGACGUCUCUAUGUGUUGGAUGGCGUCUUGACUCCGUCCUCCAUUCAGCCUGUGCUGCCCCACAGGUGUGACGUCACAGAGUCCAAGAGCAUCAAGGGACGAUGUGUCAGCUGUUCUAAAGUCCAUCAGUCCCAGUGCUCAUCUGGAGUUUAUGGGGGCUCGUUCACCUUCGGAUGUGUUUACAACGACGGCUUGAUCCCGAUGAGAGGCUGCUCUCCGCUGUGCAACGUUACGCUGACGACGGCAGCGUGUUGUCAAGGUUUCUACGGCCCAGACUGUUCCCCCUGUCCAGGUGGACACCAGACACCAUGCUCCGCCCACGGCCAGUGUCUGGACGGUAUCGAAGGAAACGGAUCUUGUAUUUGUGAAGCGAACUUCCGAGGCUCCCGCUGUCACUACUGCUCCUCCCCCGACAGAUAUGGACCAAACUGCGACCGAACGUGUCCCUGUGUCCACGGACAAUGCGACAACCGCCCGGAUUCCGACGGCCGAUGUAAAGCCGACUCGUGUCUCGCUGGUUUCACCGGACGAUUCUGUGAUCGACGGACGGCGCCGUGCGGCAUUCAGCCUAACUUCUGUCACGCACACGCUCAGUGCGACUUCAGCCAGGGGACGACCAGGUGUGUCUGUAACCCUGGCUUCCAAGGUGAUGGUCUCACCUGUGUGGAGUCGGACCCCUGUGCUCCGCCUCUACGAGGAGGCUGCAGUGUGAAUGCCAAAUGUGUGAGGACGGGUCCAGGGACACACUCCUGCCAGUGUCUCAACGGGUGGAUGGAGGACGGAGAAGAGUGUCAGCCAAUCAACAACUGCCACCGUCCUGACAGAGGAGGUUGCCACGCCAACGCCACCUGUCUCUAUGUGGGCCCUGGACAGAGUGACUGCUCCUGUAAAAGCGGCUACAAAGGAGACGGACGAGACUGUGAACCCGUCAACCCGUGUGUGACCACUGAGGGAGGCUGCCACUUCCUGGCCAGCUGCCGCCUGCUGUCGUCUCAGUGGACAUGUGUCUGUGGGGACGGAUAUGUUGGAGAUGGACAUGUCUGUUACGGGACAGUGGAACAGGAGCUCAUGACUCUGCCUGAGGCCUCGGAUUUCUUCAUCACCUGGAUGAUGGAUUCCAGUGUGAUUCGGUCCCUGUCCGAUCAGAAUUUCACCAUCCUGGUUCCAUCGUCGGUUGCCGUUUCUAAAAUGUCUUCAGAGGAUAAAACCUUUUGGACCACGGAGGGGAACCUGCCGAGUCUUAUCAGGAACCACAUCCUCCUCGGUAGCUAUCCGUCGUCCAGCCUGAGCAACAUGUCGUCUGUGACAUCUCUUCUCACAACACUUCCUGUUUCUACAAGCAAUGAGGUCACAGUUGUCGGUGGAGCGACCAUCACCACCUCAGACGUAGUCGCUAGUAACGGGCUAAUCCACAUCAUCGAUAAGGUUCUGGUUCCAGACAGGAUGCUGAGUGAAAGUCUCCUGACGACGCUCAGUCUAAGGCCGGAGUUCUCGCUCUUCAGAUCCUACCUCAUUGAUUACAAUUUGACAUAUGAGAUCCAACGGGCCGACGACUUCACCGUCUUCGCUCCGACGGACGCUGCCGUCAAGGAGUACCUCCACGAAAUGGCUGCAACCGCUCUGGAUGUGAAUACGACUCGUUACCACGUGGUGCCGUUGCAGCGUCUGCUGAAGACCGACCUUCAGCCUGGAGGAUACAAACAGACGCUGCUCGGAGGUUCCUUCCAGCUCGGCAUCUACCCUCGAGAUGGAAAGCUGUUUGUGAACGAUGCUCAGAUCAACUCCUCUGACAUCCUGAGUGGUAACGGCGUGAUCCACGGCCUGUCAGCUGUUCUCCGCAUCAACAGGAACCGCUGCGAUGAAGUCACCUACAAAGAAUUCAUGGGAGUUUGUGAUGACUGUUUAUAUCCCAAAGAAGUAAUCUGCCCUAAUAACACCAUCCAAGACAAAUCAGCCAAGCCCAGGACAUGUCUUUUCACACGGAAGUUUGGAGGCGAGCGACUGCUGACCAUCGGCUGCAUGGUCACUUGCCUCAUGGAGAACAAGGUUCUGAGGUGCUGUCCAGGGUUCUAUGGAAAACACUGUGAGCCAUGUCCCGGUCCCAGGAAUCAGCCCUGUUCUGGUAACGGACAGUGUUCUGACGGGACCAAUGGGUCGGGGGUGUGUCGGUGUUCCCGAGGUUUCAAUGGGACGGCCUGUGAAAGCUGCCAGAGCGGCAGAUAUGGAGUUCACUGCGACCAAGAGUGUCUCUGUAAAAGUGGACUCUGCAGGGAAGGACCGAACGGUGACGGAACAUGUGAGUGUGACGUCGGAUGGAGAGGAAUCCACUGCGAUGAAAAGAUCGAGUCUAAAGCCGAUGAACUCUGUGGUUCAGUCAAAUGUCACAGUAGCGCCAACUGUGUGAUCCAACCAGACGGUCCUCAGUGUGUCUGUGCAGCUGGAUUCAAAGGAAACGGAACCAACUGUCAAGCUGUGGACCCGUGUCUGGUUGAGCACGGCGGCUGCAGCCUGUUCGCCGUCUGUAAACGGACUCGUCCUGGUCGUAGAGAGUGCGUCUGCAGCGUUGGGUUCUCGGGCGAUGGACUCGUAUGCGUUGAAAUCAACCCGUGUCUGGAGGGAAACGGAGGUUGCCAUGCCAACGCAGAGUGUGUCCAUGUGGGACCGAACAAGACGUCCUGCAGCUGCACUGAAGGAUUCUCAGGGGACGGUCGCAACUGCAACAUGAUCAAUUUGUGUCUGAAGAAAAAUGGCGGCUGCCACCGUUUUGCCAAGUGCAAGAUGAUGAGUCCUGGAGUUCGUGAGUGCUCCUGCAUCCCGGGCUUCACUGGUGAUGGGUCGACCUGUAGAGGCACCGUGGAGAGGGAGCUCAACAACAAAAGAAGGAUCACCUUCUACUACAGGCUGAGGAUGGCAGAUAUUUCCCUCCAUGGCCGUGGCCCCUUCACUGUCUUCACUCCGAACGAGAAGGUCUUCAAAGGCAACGCUUCUCUGAGGAUGAGAAGCUUGGCCAAAUUUAAAGAAGAGCACUCCAACCUCAUCAGAAACCACAUCGUCAUGUGUCACACUCUGCUGCCGGCCGACCUGAGCCAACCCCGAAACCUGACGGCUCUGUCCGGUCUCGUCCUGACCACCGGGUCGGCCCAGGACACAAUCUUCAUCAACCAGGCUAACGUGACGGAGAGUGACGGCCUCAGCACUAAUGGGAUCAUCCAUGAAAUCAACAGCAUCCUGUUUUCUCCCAACAUGGACAAACAGAACAGUCUUCCUGAUCUGGAAGUUAAGCCGUCGAAUCUGACCGAUGUGGCCGAGCGUCAUGGUUAUAAAACUUUCUACAAACUGCUCCAGGACACAGGUGUGAUGGACCUGGUGAAUGAUGGGAUAUUCCAACCGGUGACGGUCUUCCUGCCCUCAGAUGGCGUCAUGGCGUCUCUGCCUCAAGAACAGAAGGACUUCCUGUUCCACCGAGAUAACCGAGCUCAGCUGAUGGAGCAUCUGAAGUACCACAUCUUACAGAGUCAGAAGUUUUACGCUGAAGGACUCAUCCAGCAGGAGUCAGCUCGGACUCUGCAGGGAUCCUCGCUCUCCUUCUCCUGCGGAGGAACUGACAACAUCGGGGAAAUCUUCAUCAACAAUGGAAAGUGUCGAGUUGUUCAGAGACACCUGGUCUUCAGCGCUGGGAUCGCCUAUGGCAUCGACUGCCUGCUGACUCCGCCCAGUCUGGGAGGACGCUGUGACGAACAGAAGACCUUUGACCUCCAGAUGAACUGUGGACGAUGCGGCUUGUCGACCACUGUCUGCCCCGGAGGAUCCAAACAGAAGGAGAUCCAGAGGUGUGAUCUUCCCGCCCUGCACAUUGCUAAGAACUCGGGCUGUCGCACCAUCUGCAUUGUCGACUUCUGGCAACCAAAGUGUUGUCAUGGUUACUACGGACGGGACUGUCUGGUCUGUCCAGGUGGAGCUCGCUCUCCCUGCAGUAACCGCGGUAAAUGUGAUGACGGUCACCUUGGUAACGGGACCUGUAGCUGUGAUGCAGGUUUUGGGGGCGUGGCCUGUGAGCUCUGCAGCCCUGGAUUCUAUGGACCCACCUGUAAAGCCUGUAACUGCUCAGAACACGGGUCAUGUGACGAUGGACGGAGAGGGAGUGGUUCCUGUUUCUGUGACGCCGGCUGGACAGGAGACAGAUGUGACGUUCAGCAGACCGAGGUCUUCCAGUGUUCUCCAGCCUGUUCUCCAAAAGCCAUCUGUAAGGAGAACAACACCUGUGUGUGUCGGCCUUUUUAUGAGGGAGACGGACUUACCUGUACAGUGGUGGACGCGUGUCGCAUCUGGAAUGGCGGCUGCGCUGAUGCAGCCAAAUGUUCUCAGAACGGAGACCAGGUGAUCUGUAACUGUCUUAGAGGUUACUCUGGAGACGGCUUCACAUGCAUGCCCAUCGACCCCUGCGUCGCGGGGGACAACGGAGGCUGCCACGAACACGCCACCUGCACCAUGACGUCUCCGGGGAAGAAGAGGUGUACCUGUAAGGAUAACUACAUCGGAGAUGGACUCACCUGUGAGGUCAAACAGCUGCCAAUCAGCCGCUGUCUCCAAGACAAUGGACAGUGUCACCAAGACGCCAAAUGCACCGACCUCCAUUUUGAAGAUGCAACUCUUGGUGUGUUUCACUAUCGUUCAGAGAAAGGUCAGUACAAACUAAACUACACCGCAGCUCAGCAGGCCUGCACUGCAGAGGGAGGACGCCUGGCUACAUACACCCAGCUGUCCUACGCCCAGCAGGGCGGGCUCAACUUGUGUUCUGCAGGCUGGUUGGACCAGGCCCGGGUCGCCUACCCCACCACCUACUCCAACCCAAACUGUGGCUUUGGACACGUGGGCAUCGUGGACUACGGCACUCGUAAAGACCUGGGCGAGACCUGGGACACGUUCUGCUACCGGAUGAAGGAGGUGAAGUGUGAGUGUAGAGAAGGUUUCGUUGGAGAUGGUUUCAGCUGCACGGGAAACCUGCUGCAGGUUCUCCGAUCCACGCCGACCUUCUCCAGCUUCCUCACGCAAAUCCUGAACUACUCUUCGGUGUCAGAGUCUGGGAAGCAGUUCAUGAAGCGUCUCAGUAACCAGACCGUCCAGUCCACUCUGUUUGUCCCGGACAACAACGGCCUGCCUGAAAACCAGACUCUGUCUCAGCGGGACAUCGAGUACCACCUGUCUGAGGGCCAGGCUCUUCCUCUCAGCCAGCUGAAGAACGGCAGUCGGAUCAGAACUCGUGUUGGCAGCCUGAGCGUCCUUGGAGUCGCCGACCUGCUCGACGCCUCGACUCUGUCGUCCCGUUACAUCAACGACCGCUUCAUCACAGAGUCGGACAUCCUGGCGUCCAACGGGAUCAUCCAUGUCCUCCAGGGACCGCUGAAAGCCCCGCCUCCUCGCCAGGAGAUGCACGCGGCACACAAGGCGGGGGUGGGCGUCGGAGUGGUGCUUCUGGUGGUCUUGGUGGGCGGAGUCAUCUUUGUUGGAUACCACUUCUACACCCACAACACCAAACCCUUCCACUUCCACUACUUCAAGGAGGAUGAGGAGGAAGAAGAAGCUCCAGCAGCAAACUCCAGUCGCAGCAUCUGUAAUCCGGUUUAUGAAGCGGCUCCAGAACCAGAGUCCAACGCGCCCGGUGUCCCAGUGAGCGGAGGACAAACAUGAGGUGGUGAACGGAGGAGUAUACGACCUCCUGCAGGACAUCUGAAAUCUUCCUGGACAUGGACGCUGCCAACAAUACUUUCAGGUCAACUUCAGUCUGCACCAGAUUUGGAAAGAUGAUUUUUUUUGAGUGACUACAAAUCAAAACCUUUUAGAGAAUCAUGUAUAACUGCGAACAGAUCUGAUUUGUAUCUUGUGUUAUUUUACCAUCAAAUGAAAAUAAAAACUCAAAAACUCCUUCAAA